UGCUUUACAUGAGCAUUGGGGGGACCCUAUCUCAAAAGAGGGCAACAGAUCCUCUCUCUAUAUCUGCUAUGGCUUCCCUUCUGGCAAACAUUCACAGGAUCGUUUCCUAUGGGCUCUAUGGAGAUAUCCUUCGCUCUUAAACCUUGAGCCAGACGACCCACCCUCUGAUCCGGCGUAAUUGUUGUGGGUGGCGUGCCACAGCAAAGGGGAGAGAGAGCGAGCGUGUCGUGCUUCUGGUUAGUUGGGGAGUUUCUCCUUCGGAGGAGAAUGGCGCAGGCGGUGGAGGAAUGGUACAAGCAGAUGCCCAUAAUCACCCGCUCUUACCUUACUGCCGCCGUUGUCACCACCGUCGGCUGCUCUCUUGAGAUCAUAACUCCGUACAAUUUGUACCUCAACCCCAGCCGGAUCGUCAAGCAAUAUGAAUUUUGGCGCCUCAUCACAAAUUUCUUGUACUUCCGGAAGAUGGACCUGGAUUUCCUUUUCCACAUGUUUUUCCUUGCUCGAUAUUCCAAGCUCCUUGAAGAGAAUUCAUUCAGAGGACGAACUGCCGAUUUCUUUUACAUGCUGUUGUUUGGAGCAUCUGUCCUGACGGGGAUUGUACUUGUUGGUGGCAUGAUACCUUAUGUGUCCGAAUCUUUUGCUAGAAUCUUCUUCCUCAGCAACUCCUUGACGUUUAUGAUGGUGUAUGUCUGGAGUAAGAGGAAUCCAUUUAUUCACAUGAGUUUCUUGGGCCUUUUUACAUUUACAGCUGCUUAUCUACCUUGGGUUCUUCUUGGCUUUUCUAUACUUGUGGGGAGCAGUCCGUGGAUCGAUCUUCUGGGUAUGGUGGCUGGACAUGCUUAUUACUUCUUAGAAGAUGUAUACCCUCGGAUGACUGGCCGACGGCCACUACGUACUCCAGCUAUCAUUAAAUCACUUUUUGCUGAUGAGAAUGUGGUUGUUGCACGGCCUGGAAAUGCAAGAUUUGGUGCACCUAUUCCAGAAAAUCAAGAAGAUUAAUGCACUGAUUAUUCAGGAGCAUGUGUAUGCCAUCAUUGGAUGGUGGUGGGCACUACCAGUAUUCUUUUCCGUAGACAGGGGGCAACAUUUACUCGAGAGGCGCAAUUUGCAGAAGGUGCUAGUUGUUUGUCACAGUUAAUGUAGUCGGUUUGGAAUAUUUGCGAGGUUUUGAGGCGUACAGCCUUUCAGAUUGGAUACAUCAAUGACAUGUUCUUAGUACCGUGUAUACAACUCCCUACUGAAUUCUCUUCUUUUUGGGUGUAAAGUAUGUCAAUAAAGAUGCAGUUUGAGGGCUGUUUCCAUUUUCA